AUGAAUAUCUUACCGAAAAAACGAUGGCAUGUUAGAACUAAAGAUAAUAUUGCACGAGUUUUACGUGAUGAAAAAAAAGCAGCAGAAGAAGAACAGAAAACACUUCGAAGAAAAACUUUAGCGGAACAAGAAGCUCGUCUGAAUAAUUUACGAGCUAAGCGUGGUGAUCAUUUAAUUCAAUUUCAAAGUUCUGAAGAGGCAAGCUCAAAAGAGAAACCACUCGAACAUGUGAAUUUAUUUCAACUUGAAGAAAAAGGAUUAAAAACUACCAAUGCUACGAAUGAUGAACAUGAAAAAGAGAAAAAAGCUGAAACAGAAGAAUUUGAAAAAAAACUUGGGCUAUUAACGUAUCUUGGGGGUAGUGUUGUAGAAAGUAAAGGAACUGUUCCAUGGUAUAUGGAACGAGGAGCAAACAAACCAGCACCAUCUAAAGAAUUAUCGAAAACUGAUCGUGAAGAACGCGAUCGUUUACGUAUUGAAAAACAAGAUCCUCUUAAUUCUAUGUCAAAAUAUGUCGAAGAUUUAAAACGCAAACGUGAUGAUGAAAAUAAAUCUUCCUCUAUUAAGACUAAAAAAUCAACUUCGUCUGCCACUACAUUAUCAUCAUCAUCUGCUUCUCGUAUAGAACAACUAAGAGCACAAAGAUUAAAACGUGAAUCAGAAGAACGUGCAAAAACUGCUUCUUAUUUAUCACGAGUUUUUACUGGUACAGACCCAAUAGCGGCUACACCUGAACCAACUCCUCCUGUUGAAACUGAUGAUCGUAAACGUCGAUAUCAUUCACAAUUUAAUCCUGAUUUCGCUAAGCAAAAUACACAACAAUAUGCUACCACACAUGAUAUGAAUUGGAGAGGAAAUUAG